GUGGAAGCAGUCCAGCUUUCUCCCCUUUCCCUUUCCUUCGCUGAGUUGAGUUGAGUUCGUCUUUGGCAUUUCCUCGCUUAAACCCUUCCGCUAAAAACCAAACCAAUACCCCAGAAUCUAUUAUUUCUUCUCUCCCAAGCCAGCCAAGCCUGAAGCCAGACACCGCCGGGGAUGGCCAUGGCUCGCGUCGCCCUCGCGAGAUCGCGCGCCCUUCUACCCCGGGCGGCCGCCCUCUCCUCCCCAUCCUUCUCCACCGCCGCCCCCUUUUCUUCCUCCUCCCGAGCCGCGGCCGUACGGCGGGUGGCUGCCGCCCCCUCUUCCUCCCACGCCGCCGCCGCCGCGUCCUCCGCGGCACCCGGCGCUGGCGGGGAGGCGGCGGUGGCACCAGCUGCGCGCAAGCGGUGGGGCCUGCUCAAGUUCGGCACCUUCGCGGCGCUCGCCGGAACCCUCGGCGGCGCCGGCUACGUCAGCUACGCUUAUACGCUGGCCGAGGUGGACCAGAAGACCACCGAGUUCAGGAUGAACAUGGUGGCGCCGCCAGUCGUUGCCGAGGGUGCCUCGGAAUUCGAGAAAUUUCGGGCUAUGGCCUACUCGACAGCUAAGAAAGCUCCUGUUGCAGCAAUAGAGCUCUACUUGGAUAUUAGGAGCACAAUUGAAGGUCAUGUUAUGGGCUUUACUGAACCCACAUCAGACAAACUGUUACCAGAUUUACACCCGCAACAGCAGCAUGUCUUUACCCUAGUUCUUGAUCUGAAUGAAACCCUUAUACACUCUGAUUGGCAGCGUGGCAGAGGUUGGAGGACAUUUAAGAGACCAGGAGUUGAUGCCUUCUUGGAACAUAUGGCCAAUUUUUAUGAAGUUGUUGUGUAUUCUGAUCAAAUCCCCACAUCUCUGGAACCUAUAAUUGAUAGGUUGGACACAAAGGGUUGCAUUUCAGCCAGAUUAUCAAGACCUGCAACUAAGUACCAAGAUGGUAAACAUUAUCGGGAUUUGUCAAAGUUGAACAGAAAUCCUGCACAAGUUCUUUAUGUCAGCGCGCAUGCCCUUGAAUCUUGCCUGCAACUUGAAAAUUGCGUCACAAUCAAACCCUGGAAACUUGAAAAUGAUGACACCCAAUUGCUGGACCUGAUUCCAUUUCUUGAGUACCUUGCCAUGGCAAGCCCCCCUGACGUCAGGGCAGUGCUUGCUUCCUAUCAAGGUCGUGAUGUUGCUAAAGAGUUUGCCAAGCGCUCAAAAGAAAUCGAAAGGCUCAAGCAAGAGCGACAGCAACAUAAGAGCAUAUGGCGGCGAUGAUGGAUCUAAUCUGCUGGAAGGACAAGCCUCCAAACCUGACUUCGCGUAUGGCGGCCAUGAUGGAUCUAAUCUGCUGGAAGGACAAGUCUCCAACUUUUCUUAAUCCUAGCUGUGGGUGUUUUGUUGGAAGGAGAGCAUAUUGAGCCUCCAGUGCAUUGCAUCUCUAGUCAACUUGUCAGCUGCUAUGGACGGAUAUCUUGUAGGUUUGACGGUUUAGGUUCGAAAGCUUUGCAGCUGAUUUAAGUGUGCCUCCUAUUUUUCUGUAGCAUCAUGAUUCCGGUUCACGAUCUCCAUUUCUUGGGUAUCUUGACUGACUGCAUGUCAAGGACAACAAUUGAAUAGGGUCACUGAUAAGAGUUGAGACCUUGCCACUAAGUUUGCCUUGAUUCUAAUUGGUCUUGUCAAAACAUGGGUUGAAACGAGGCAUUUUCUUGUA